ACAUAAGAAGAAGAACAACAACAACUUCCUAGUUAGCUAACACGUAGCAUUACUGUUGUGUGUAGAGUAUCGGCGUAGUAUUAGACGAUAUCUGCAAACAACUUUUAUCGUCUAAUUUCAUGUUAGUACGGUUGUUAGUCAAACGUGUUUGGUUUCUUUGAUUAUAAUGAAGCCACAGUGGCGUGUGUUGCCGUCUUUAGCUUCACACGUAGGCUAAGUGAAGUUAUCCAUCUAAUAUAGCCAAAAGUAAAUAACCGUAUUUACAGUUUUCCAAUAUGUAUACUUUAUUAUCUGGAUUAUAUAAGUACAUGUUCCAGAAGGACGAAUACUGCAUUUUGAUCCUGGGACUGGAUAACGCCGGGAAAACGACCUUUCUGGAACAAACCAAAACAAAGUUCAGUAAGAACUACAAGGGAAUGAAUUUAUCAAAGAUCACAACAACAGUUGGCCUGAACAUUGGUACAAUUGAUGUGGGCAAGGCCCGUCUGAUGUUCUGGGAUCUGGGAGGUCAGGAGGAGCUACAGUCUCUGUGGGACAAAUACUAUGCUGAGUCCCAUGGAGUCAUCUAUGUGAUAGAUUAGCGUCUGUCCGAAUCAAAGGAGGCCUUUGAGAAAAUGAUAAGCAGUGAGGUACUAGAAGGUGUUCCACUCCUCGUGCUGGCCAACAAGCAGGAUGUCCUGAACUGUUUGUCAGUGUCAGACAUUAAAACAGCCUUCAGUGACUGUGCCCCGAAGAUCGGCAAGAGAGACUGUUUAGUCCAGCCUUGUACUGCUCUCACAGGGGAUGGUGUGAACGAAGGCAUUGAGUGGAUGGUGAAGUGUGUGGUCAGGAACGUUCACAGGCCCCCCAGACAGAAGGACAUCACAUAAGAAGUCAUCAGCACGCUUUGAUUCAAGUUUGGACUGAAUUUCUCCUUGGGGACGUUCCAUGUAAACCCUGGAGCUGAUUGACUCUCUUCUCUCCUUGUGUUUGCUGUGACUUUCAGGAGUUCAAUACAGACAGUGGUUUUUAAUCACCAAGCCUAAUUUCAUAAGUGGAGUUGUAAUUUCUUCUUCCUGUGUUAGCAGCAGUCUCUGGUGGUGGUUGCUGUUGCUGCAACUGUCUAUGUGGAGCUGUGGUCACAAGAGUUUGACUCAUCAGUUCUCAUAUAAAAUAUGCAAAACUUGAA